UUCCGUCAGGACCGAACACAGCGGCGGACAAACCGGAAGUACAGAAAGCGCGAGACUAGUGCGCACUGAGAUGAGCGGCGACUCGGACGGGAAUAAGGAGUUCCAUGAGCAGCUCCGUCUGCAGGAACUGUACGGUCAGAGACGAGCCGAUGGAGACGAUCCGUACACGUACGUGGACCCUGAGGACGGAACCGUCUACGACUGGGACCACGACAAGAAGGCCUGGUUUCCAAAGAUAACGGAGGACUUCAUCGCUGCGUAUCAGGCGAAUUAUGGCUUCAGUGAGGAUGGAGCCUCGGCAGUGACAGGAGAAGCUCAGCCUGAGAAACCUGAGGAGCAGAAAGAGGAGAAGGAGAAGAAGGAGAAAGAGGAGACACAGGAGGAGGAGGUGACGGAGUCAGGAACCACCACAGAGGAGAAGAAGAAAGGAGAGAAGAGGAAAGCCGAGCCGGGUUGGUUCGACAUCGAGAAGGAGAAAAACACAAAUGUUUAUGUGUCAGGUCUCCCUCCUGAUAUCACCCCUGAUGAGUUUGUGGAGUUGAUGUCUAAGUGUGGAAUAAUAAUGCGAGACCCGAUAACAGAGGAGUAUAAAAUAAAAUUAUAUAAAGACGGUGAGGGGAAUCAGAAAGGAGACGGACUCUGCUGUUACCUGAAGAGAGAGUCCGUGGCGCUGGCCGAGCGUUUGCUGGACGAGUACGAGGUGCGCGGUUACCGGCUGCACGUGGAAGCCGCGCGCUUUGAGCUGAAAGGCCAGUACGACGCCAGCAAGAAGAGAAAGAAGAACAAGGAGUAUCGCAAAAAACUGCAGCAGCAGCAAAAGCAGCUCGACUGGAGACCUGAGAAGCAAGGAGAUGCGCGCAGGAGAAACGAGCGGGUGGUGAUCAUCCAGAACAUGUUCCACCCAUCUGACUUUGAGGAGGAUCCUCUGGUGUUAAACGAGUACCGAGACGAUCUGCGCUCGGAGUGUGAGAAGUUCGGGGAGGUGAAGAAGGUCAUCAUAUUCGAUAGACACCCUGACGGCGUGGCCUCUGUGGCAUUUAAGAACCCGGAGGAGGCAGACAUGUGUGUGUCUACACUGAACGCGCGGUGGUUUGGAGGGAGACAGCUUGCAGCUAAACUGUGGGACGGAGUCACUGACUACCAGGUGGAGGAGACGGUGAGGGAGCGGGAGGAGAGGUUAAAAGGUUGGUCAGCUUUUCUGGGAGAUGAAAAAACACGACAGAAAGAAGAAGGAGAAGGAGCGACAGAAGAGCGUCAGCUGGUAGAGGAGACGGAGAGACAAGAGGAGACGGAGAGACAAGAGGAGACGGAGAAAAGAGGGGAGGGGGAGGAGGUGGAGUCCACUGACAGCAGCCUGGCCGGCAGCGAUGAUGAGUCUUAAGUGUGUGUGUGUGUGUGUGUGUGUGUGUGAUGUACAGUGUAAUUUGCUGGUGUUAGUUAGAAUUUUCACCUCGUGUGUAAACAGUCUGUUUUAUAAUGGAAAUAAAGUCAGUGUGUGUGUUUUUCCUUUCA